AUGCCAUUUGUUGGUAAUCACUGUAAAAAUUUAACAAGUCUUGAAUGUGAAUUUGACAACAAGUCGUUGACUGAUUAUGCUGAUGACUUUGUUCGAGCAUUUACACUGUUGGAUAAAUUAAAAUGCAUUAAAAUAAUAACGAUUGAUGAUGACUCGUAUGAUGGAACAGUUGAUCUACAUACAAUAAUUGAUAGUCUUCCAGAAGAAAUUAAUCAAAUUCAUAUAAUUUCACCUGAAACUUAUCGUUAUAGACGCCCACAAAAAAAAAUUUCCCAUUUAAUAAUUCCUGGUAAACUUUUAGAACCAUCUACUGAAAGUGAGCCACUUUCUUCUCCAUCUGUUCUUGAUGAGUUAUCAAAAUUGAAAAAUCUUGAACAUCUAUAUUUGUGUGGGACAUUACAUCUUAAAGAUAGUACAAUUAUUGCGAUUGCUAAUAAUUGUAAAAACCUGAGUUUUUUAGGAAUUGAAAAGUGCACAGCUGUUACCGAAACAGCUUUUGUUGCUAUAACGAACUUGAAAAAUUUACAAAAACUAGACGUCACUUCCCUUAAUAUUACAGACGACUUUAUUAUCAAACUAAAAGGCUUAAAAUUAUUGGAAUGUUCUCAUUGCCGUGAACUUACUAAUGCUGUUUGUACCAAAUGGAAAGAAGCAUGUCAACUUGCUUGGUAUAACAUUAAAGAAUACAAAUGUAAAUCAUUAAUUGGACGUUCUUAUGAUGACCGUUUGUUGACACAAUCAUACCUCAAGAAAAUUUUAUUAAGAUGUGGUACUUAUCUAAAACAGUUGUCUCUCUCAGAUGUUUGUGAUUUUACUAUCAUGCCAUUUGUUGGCGAUCACUGUAAAAAUUUAACAAGCCUUGAAUUUAAUAGUCUUCCAGAUGAGAUUAAUCAAAUUCAUUUAAUUUCUGAGUGUUGGAUACGCCCACAAAAAAUAGCUUCUAUGACUUUUAAAAAAUUUAAAUAUCUUCGAGAAUUGACAUUGCCUGGCUGCCGUUUUUUAGGCAGCAUAAUUCUUCAAGAAAUAGCAGAAAUAACAUCACUUGUUUAUCUUAGCAUUCGACUACAUGCAGAUAUACCCGAAAGGUUUUUUCUAUUUGAUAAACUUGUUAAUUUGGAAUAUAUUAAUCUUACGCUGCCGGCCAUGAAUAACUUUUCUACAAAAGUACUCAUUAGUAUUUUUUGUACAUGUAAAAAUCUGAAACAUCUUGAUAUUCCACGUGGUCCUUAUGAUGUAGCUGAAAUUCCUGUCGAGAAAUGGAUAAACUUUCAAAACUUGGAAUGUCUUGGUAUUACUUGUAAUAUAAUGCUCGACUUAGCAAAUACAAUUGUUGAAUAUUGCAAGAAUUUAAAACAUUUGAGAAUACAUUUUCCUCAUGACUCUUUAAAUGAUACAUAUCAUUGUACUGCUUUAAAAAAGUUAACAGAGCUGGAAAAUCUUGAAAGUUUGCUAUUGCUUUCUUGCAUGAGGCUCAGUGAGGACUCGAUAAUUGCAAUUUCAAACAAUUGUAAAAAACUUAAACGUUUAGAAAUUCCUUAUUGUUGCAUAGUAUCAUCUAUUGAUGGUGAGCCACUUUCUUCUCCAUCUGUUCUCGAUCAGUUAUCAAAAUUGCAAUAUCUUGAACAUCUUAAUUUACAUAGUACAAUUAUUGCUAUUGCUAAUAAUUGUAAAAACCUAAAAAGUUUAGAUAUUGGAUAUUGCAGCGCUAUUACUGAAACAGCUCUUGUUGCUUUAACAAACUUGAAAAAUUUACAAAAACUUGAGAUACAUUCUCUUAAUAUUACAGACGACUUUAUUAUCAAAUUAAAAGGCUUAAAAGAAUUGAAAUGUUCUUAUUGCCAGAAACUUACUAAUGCUGGUAUUAUUCAAUUUAUAAACAAUAACCCAGACCUAGAAAAAUUCCAAGCCGUAAGAAUAGCUAAUGGAGAAAUACAAGGCUUACUUCGAUGCAAGAAACAACCAUAUCCUGAUGCAACUAUAAUAGUCAUGGAUUUUCCGAAAAAUGGAACGAGAGGUGUAAGCUAA